CUGAAGUGCUGAUUGCUUUGGGGUUCCGCUCUCCCUCUCUCUCUCUCUGCAAUUCUCAGCGCCGAUUGUCACCACCGCAAUCCUCAGCCCCCUGACUCCACCGUCGCGUCUCUCUCCCUGCGCCGCCGUCUAUCUCUUUCAUAUUGGUCUCUCUCACAAGUCACACCACCGUUGAUUCUCUCUCCCACUGUCGCCAUCAGUUUCUUUCACACGCCCCUGGUCUCUCUCUCGCGCCCCAUUUUUUGGAUUCCUGUUUCUUUGAGGGACAGCACCGAUAUCUUCAUCAUAUUCAAGUGGAAUUAUGGUAGCAUGACAACGAACUAUGAUAUAGGAAAGAUAUAUGGCCAAAUCUUUGUUUCAUAAUCUUCGCAGAGCUUCUCUGCUUUUCAGAUCAUCAUCUCUGAACCAACCGUCUUUCAGACCAAUUCUUGGGGUUUCUGACACUAUUUUCUCUCAAAUCAAUAACUUUACUCUACCCAACAUCUCAAAACCUUUGUUGGGAUUUAGAAAUUUAAGCCAUGGUUCCGUGAAUCUUGUCAUAUCCCAAGGGAAACCGAAGUUUGAAACACAUGAAGUGGAUCCUCCAAAAAAAGAUAAGUGGAAGACUAAAAGAAAGUUGAAGAUGCAGCGAAAGAGAGAGAAGCAGAAAAGAAAAGCAGAAAAUAAGAAAGACCCUCGUCAACUGCGUGUAAAGGGGAAGAAAAAACAGAAGUUUUCAAAUGCAGAAGAGAGAAUCAAGCACAAGUUGGAAAAAGCCAGGAUUAAGGAGGCGUUGCUGGUCGAGAGAUUAAAGCGGUAUGAAGUUCCUAGAGUUCAGGGUCCUAUAGUGAAACCACACAAUCUGACUGCUGAGGAACGGUUUUAUAUGAAGAAAAUGGGUCAAAAGAGGUCUAAUUAUGUACCUAUUGGAAGAAGAGGAAUUUUUGGUGGUGUGAUUCUAAACAUGCACAUGCACUGGAAAAAACACGAAACAGUUAAAGUUUUUUGCAAGCCUUGUAAACCUGGCCAAGUUCAUGAGUACGCACAGGAAAUUGCAAGAUUGAGUGGAGGAAUCCCAAUACAGAUAAUUGGUGAUGAUACUAUUAUCUUCUAUCGAGGAAAGGAAUAUGUGCAACCAGAAGUUAUGUCACCAAUUGAUACAUUGUCUAAGAAACGGGCACUAGAAAAGUCAAAAUACGAGCAAUCCCUCGAGUCUGUACGCCGCUUCAUUGCCAUUGCUGAAAAGGAACUGGAGCUAUAUUACAGGCAUGUUGCACUUUAUGGGGACCCAAAUGAUAGGAAUCCGUUGUCCAUCUUAGACAUUCCAUCUAACAACUACUCACACAAACAUCAAGUUAAUAAAUUGGAUGAUUCUCAUUCUGCUGCUCUUUGCUUAGCAUCUGAGGUUACGAACCAGAGAAAUCCCGAUUUCUGGGAUGACGAAUCAUUAGAGACUGGAGAUGGAUUUGGAGAUUCCUGCUUUUCUACAAGUGAAUCAGAUUUUGAAAGUGACAAGUUAGAUGAUUCUGAUGAUGGGAGGAUAGAAAUUAGUUUUUCCCAGACAGGAGAGAUAUCAUCAAGCACAAUGAGCACAUGUUCAGCUUUCCAGAACAAAUUUGAAUCUCAUAAGCAAGAACUACCAAUACAAUCAUAAAAAUGGCAUGAGACGGAAAUCUGAUUUUCUGUUUGUUUUCCAUAGAUGUAUGAUCCAAUGAAAACUAGAGUUGGUUUAUAUAUACCAAAAUAUUCAGAAAUUAUAACAGCCAACUGCUUCAAAA